AUGCCGAGUCUAAAUGUCACGAUGGUUGGAUCACACGUGUAUGACGCCGUGGAGCAGCGCAUUCGCCUGCGCAUGGACGUCAGGCUCGGCGACUUCUCCUUCCCUUGGGACUUACUACUGCUGCACAAAGAGGGCGCGAUGUACCAGAUCGAUGCUAAGGCCUCCACAUGUGUCAAGAGCUCGCUGGAGCAAGACUUCCAGCCACUGAGUGUGCCCCCUGAUGCCGCCUCAGUUGCCCCAUACACGAUGACAGUGACAGAGUCCGGCUGUAUCCCUGUGAGCUACGAGAUCCAUACUGAAUUAUUUGGCUGUUUCUUCGGGAGGUUUUACAACAACGUGAGAAAUGUGGUAGACCCUGACGCUCUCAAGCCUCCUCCGUACUGUCCCGGUCCAGGAGUCAAGACACAGGGACCCCCAGUGGAUUUCCUCAGCCUCCUGAACAGAGCUGCUAAGUAG